CUUGAAGAGCGACUUAAUCAGUGCAAGCAGGAUCUGGAAGAAGAGGAUAGGACCAUUGCUAAAUUAUCUAGCGGGAUGAAUUCCUGCCUUCAUCGUGCACAGAAUCAAUUCGUACAACCAAAUGAAAUUCAUGACAUUCGAGAAACUGAGGCUGUGCUCUCUCAGGUGAAUCCUUUUUUGGCUAUGACUGUGUUUCAGAGGGGUAUAAUUGAUUUUUACAACUUAUCGUUAGUGAAGCCACUUUUUUCUUACAAGAUUGCCACAAGCAUCACAUUGUCCCGUCAAAACGCAGUUCGCAUCGAGGAACUCCAAACCAACCUUACGGCAAAAGACAUGCAAAUAGCCCACUUGAAGAGUGUGAUUGCUAAGUCGAACUGUAUUUUGAGACGAUUCACUGGGACUGGGGAGGAACCAAAAAAUGGAAAUACAAUAUGUACAAAUCCAAUCGAUAGGUUUCCAAAUAACAUUUUGCGCACUUUUAGACAAAGCCUUGCUGAUUCUUUAAGUGAGUCAGGUUGGGUUUGUGAAAGCUUGGAAGAAGGAGAAAUAAUUGAUGUUGUUCGUCGAGUGUUGGCAACGCUUACAAGCCAAACUGAGGUCAGUUGCGAACCCUUGACCGUGCAACCACAAAUUAGUAGUUUGAAGAAAGAUCCUCUUGCAACCUGUUGCAGUUUGCAAUCUCAGGUGACGGAAUUGGUCGGUCGAGUGGCAGCAUCGGAGAGAAGAUUUGAAGAGAUGGUGGAGGAGGGCUCGAAAAGUCAAACGAAACGAAGCCAAAGCCCUCUUAAGACUGUUGAGUUUUUGCCUUGUGCAACUGAUCUCGAAAACUCUCAUGGGCAAUUUUUGAAGGAAUUGGAAUACCGAAUUCCAGUUAGUCAAGCGGUUUUUGAGGAGAUGGACGUCACUAAACAACGCGAUUUCAUCCUUAACUACAUUGAACAGUUGGGCACACCCUCGCCAGCCAAACCGGAGAGCGAGUUAGCGCCUAAACUCCACAAACGGAUGCAACGGCUUCAGGACGAGCUGGCAAGCCGCGACCUGCAGCUGAGGGCAUGGCGCCGGAAGGUGGAAGGGCUGGAGGAACAAUUGGCGAUAGCCAAGAAGAACGAGGCGGAGGCCACUGAAAAGCGUGUAUUCACAGAGCAACGUGCCGCACAGCUACGUAAAAAUGAAGUUGAGGCAAAUAAAUUGAAAACUGAGGUAUUGCAGCUUAGGAUGCAACUCAAAGACAGCAAAGAUGUUAAGAGUCGGCUGGAAGCAGAGACAACUCGAGUCGCUAGGUUGGAAGAGUCACUGCGGGAUCUGGAGGAGAUCCGCCAACGACAGAUCAAUCAAAUCGAGGAGCUAACCACUACGUUGGAGACAGAAAAGGUCGCAAUGACAAGAAACCCCAUUCAGCAGGCUCAGCGUGUUCAUUUCGAUGUGGAUGCUAGUCAGACACUAGAGGAUUCUCUCAAAGAGGCUCAGGAGGCAAGGCGGCUUUAUCCCUUUUCAUGCAUCUAUGCCGUAACUGAAAGUGAGACUGGGAGUGAAAUGCCCUACUCUUGUGGUCGUGCGCUCGUUGAGCCGCAUAAAUCAACCGUUCUACUGCGCGACUUUAGGGAUAUUGUUGGUCGACUGCUUGGAAUGCGGGUAAAGGACCUUCCAGAACCAAAUAAGGACAUUCUGCACGGACUGGAGCGCCUUCUAAGGGAGUCCGGGCGCAACGCUCUCAACCAAAGUACCCCUCCCUGUACUCGCAGUGCUCCGCCUCGGAGAGCGCUUCAUGGCUUCAGUGCACGCAUGGGAUUCACUCACGGCGACGACUCGGAGUCACAAGCGUCUGAACGAAAGAGCGGUCCGAUGCAACACACGGAAAUAAGUAACGCUCGCAGCAGCCUACGAACUUCCGCCCCGAUUCGCUGUCCCUCAUCGUCCCUUCUCAACACCAUCUUCACUUCGUGUGGACACCAACAGCCUCCAGCACGGGACACUCGGCGGUACUAG